UGGAUGUUGGGUCAUCACGCCAUCGUUUUCUCUGUACUAUAUCCAAUUAGUGUUAGGUAGAGUCCGCAUUCGAGUUUGGUAACCCAACUUAAAACAGAACAAAUUGCUUUAUGCAUGCCUUAUAUAUAUAUAUAUAUAUAUAUUUCCCAAAUCCGUGGAGAAUUGAUCAGGGAUAGAGCAGAUUGAGCUGGUGGCAGAUCAUAAGGGAAUUUUGAUUCUUGACUCUGUUUAAAAUGGAUAGAAAUGGAGUAACUGAAGGAGAAUUCGAGGAGAGAGGGAUGAACAAAUGUGCCGAACAAGUAUCACACCUGGCUCUUGAUAUCGGAGGCUCCCUCAUCAAGAUGGUGUACUUCUGUGGAGAAAAUAGUGGCUCAGAGCAUCAACAGGGAAUUUUGUCUUCAAAGGAAAGUUGUGGACUUUCUAAUGGAAAUACAAAUUGCUCAGUCCUCGGAGGAAAGCUUCACUUUCGGAAGUUUGAAACAAGCAAGAUCAAUGAGUGCCUAGAAUUUAUGUCUUCCAAGCAAUUUCAUCGGAAUGGUGAGGAUUGUCAUGGGGCUUCUGUAAGUGAGAAGAAUAUCAUAAAGGCUACAGGAGGUGGGGCUUUUAAGUUUGCUGAUCUCUUCAAAGAAAAGCUUGGAAUGACUCUGGACAAGGUUGAUGAAAUGAAUUCUCUUGUUGCUGGUGCAAAUUUUUUGCUUAAGGCAGCCAGCCAUGAAGCUUAUACAUACAUGGAUGGUCAGAAGGAGUACGUGCAGAUUGAUCAGAAUGAUUUAUACCCUUAUCUCCUUGUCAAUAUUGGGUCCGGUGUUAGCAUGAUCAAGGUUGAUGGAGAUGGGAAAUUUGAGCGAGUUAGUGGAACUAGUGUUGGAGGUGGCACCUUCUGGGGGCUGGGAAAACUUUUGACGAAGUGCAAGAGCUUUGAUGAAUUGCUGGAGUUGAGUUAUUCUGGUAACAACCGAGUAAUAGAUAUGCUUGUUGGAGACAUCUAUGGUGGAAUGGACUAUUCCAAGAUUGGACUUUCUUCCACAGCAAUUGCUUCUAGCUUUGGAAAGGCAGUUUCCGAAGAUAAAGACCUUGAAGAGUACAAACCUGAAGAUGUGGCACGGUCUCUCUUGAGAAUGAUUUCAAACAAUAUUGGACAGAUUGCUUACUUGAAUGCUCUUCGUUUUGGACUGAAGCGAAUAUUUUUCGGUGGGUUUUUCAUUCGGGGUCAUGCUUACACGAUGGACACAAUUUCUGUGGCAGUCAAUUUCUGUUGCUGCAACGCUGCAAGAAGCUCCGUCGUUAGGGAAGUGUUCAUUGUUUCUCAUGAAUGUACUUCUUGCAGGUCGAAUCAUUAUUGUUUCUCAUGAAUGGACUUCCUGCAGGUCGAACGGUGAGGCAAAAGCAAUGUUUUUGAGACACGAGGGUUUUCUUGGAGCUUUGGGAGCAUUUAUGAGUUAUAGGAAGGACGGUUUUGCUGAUUUGAUGGCCCAUCAUUUAGUGGAACAAGUCCCAACGAAACCUUCACGGAAUGCUGGAGGCGGCCUAAACAACAGUAAAAUACUCAAAGAUGGAAAUGAGAACAUUAGUAUAGAAUGCACCAUGCAACUGAGCAAUUGAGUUGUUAGAGCAGUUUCUGGAAAGUGGUACGCUGGAGGCGGCCUAAACAACAGUUCAAUACUCAAAGAUGUAAAUGUGAACAUUAGUAUAGAAUGCACCAUGCAACCGAGCAAUUGAGUUGUUAGAGCAAUUUCUGAUGUACCCAAACAAAAAAAGGAAAAGAAGAAGGCAAUUGUCGUUGCUUGAUUAGUCCAUCCAGGAUCCCCAAAAAUUACAGCUUUCCAAGUUUUUUUUUAUUAUUAUAGUUAUGUAGUCAGUUCUGUAAUAAUAGAGUAGAUGUUAGAAGGGGGCGCUGACAAACAUCAUAUUAAAAGAUAUGACUGGUCUGUUUUGUUAAAUCUUGUAAUCAUUAAUGUAGUUUUGCUACUUAUUUAUUUUAUUUAAUAAUUAAAUG